AUGAAUGACAGCCGAUCUAUUCCAGAUCCCUCUUUACAAAAAGGUGCUGGACAAUCACCAAUCUCUAAUGAAAUGUUCAAACACCUAAAUCCAGAUACCAUAGAAAUUCUGGUUUUAUCCACGUCUCACAUUCCAUCAGCUUGGAAACAGAAUCCAUUUGUAAAUGCUACUACAAAAUCAUCACAAACCAAACUUUCAUCUACCAUAAAAAUACUUUUCACUGCAUUUCAAGGUAGAACAAAUCAAGUCAUCACAGACUAUGAGCUAACUGAUCCUUAUCAAUUAAAUAAUGGAGUUGAUCAAGACAAACUCCUUGUUCCAAGAAUAUUUGAAGAAUUAGAAUUUGUCAAAGAACCUGUUUCAUCCAAAAAAUCAUCAUUUUGA